AUGCAAAAAUGUAUUGCAACAGCCAAAAAGGACUCCAUGCGAGCACUUAUUCUGUCAGAGCUCUCCUGUCUCAAAGUUCGUUGCCCUUUCCACGUAAAAGGAUGCAGCGCAGAAGUCGAACUGAAGGAUUUGAGUAAGCACGAGGAGGAAGUGCUUAGAGGAUCAACUGAUGCACAAUUCCAUGGUCCUGAAAGUAGGGAAGAGAUUGCAAGAAGAUGGAAUAAGUUGGCAGAAGAGACGACAUCUAUCCUUGGAGAUUUAAUGUAUGAUUCCAACAUCAGAGUUAAAGCUGAUCUUGGCUUAAUCGGAAGGUUUUCUGUCAGUUAUAUUUUUGAAACAUUUAAGUAA